AAGAAAAAAAAACCCUAGAAUGGUGAAACACGGCGGCACUAAAAGAAAGAUUCCGAUGGAGAAGAUCGGGAAGAAAGGAUCGUUAGCGACAGCUUUCACCAAACGGAAGUACGGACUUUACAGCAAAGCAUCGCAACUAUCUUAUCUCUAUCUAAUAGCGGUUUUAGCGACACCUCCUUCUUCACACUCCAACGUCUAUUUCUACUCGUUUGGACACUCUUCCGUCGAUGCCGUCGUCUCAGCUUUUCUCUCGGGAAACCGUCCCGCUCCUGUUCGUGAAGAGACUAGGGAAGAGGACAUCGGAAUCUGCUUGGCUCGCAAGGAAUUAGGGUUAGGGUUAUGGUGGGAGGAAGACGCUCUCGCGAGAUCGGAGAACCUCGAAGAGUUGACGGAGUCUAUAAACUCAAUCUCGACUCUGUUGUCAAAAUUGAAAGAGUUGCGUGAGGGAGAAUCUUUCUGUGAUCAUAAUCAUCAAAGAGAUCACAGCGACGAGAAGAACAAGCCCGAUCAAACCCUAAUUCUUCAAAGAGAUCACUACGACGAGAAGAGCAUGCCCGAUCAUACCCUAAUUCUUCAAAGAUAUCACUACGACGAGAAGAGCAUGCCCGAUCAAACCCUAAUUCUUAAACCCGGUUCUCCAAUUUGUCGCAGCCGUGAUGAUUUACCUUCCGAUUACAAGGAGAUCGCUGAAGAACAGAGUGCGGUUUGUGACACGGAGGAGAAUAACAACAAAGACAUGGGUUUUGCUGGAAACUAUCAGGAGAUGGACAUUGAUCAACUUAUAGAUUUCGAGACUGUUUUUGAUACUCCAGAAUUCGAUGCUUGGCUCUUGGAGGGUGAUCAGAUGCUUCCUGGUGAUUUGUUCAACACCAUUGCUGCAGUU